AUGUCUCAGGGCGACGGUGGUAUUUGUGCGGCAUGUAAUCAGGCUAUCACCAGAAGACAUUACUCAAUUCUUUGCUUUUUAUGUGAUAAAUGGAAUCACAAUAAAUGCGUCGAUCUAUCGGUUCCUCAAUUAAAAUUUUAUGAGAGCGAACUUAAAAAACCUGAUGGUGAUCGCUGGAGUUGUCUAUCUUGCCUAAGAGAAACCGUACAGAAAUCCCAGACGGCUCGUAAAUCGAUAGGUGGGGUGCAGAAUAAAUCAGGUAUCCCUCCUGUAUCCUCUGCUUCUAUGACUCUGGAGGACAUUAUGCAUAACCUCAACUGCAUGGAAUUGGCUAACAAGGACCUACUUGAUAUGUAUAAUAAGCAAUUGGAAGUGAACAACCUUCUCCGCUCAGAGAUGGAUAACCUAAGUUCUAGACUUACCACUGCUGAGACUGCAUUGAGGGAUCUAAAUCGUAAUCCCCCUAUGGAAGCAAAUAAUCUAAACAUUGCCAGAAACAUCGAAGAUAGAGCUAAUUGUCCCAACUCAGUCACAGAUAAUCACACAACCAAAAAAUGUUUCGUAAAUUUUGAUGAAGAACAGCAUAAAAUACAAACCUCUUCAAUGGUAAAGAAAUUAGCUUCAACUACUGAAAAUAAUGAAGGGUUAGUUCCUGAUUUAGAGGAUGAUCAGAGUAUAAACUCAGAUACAGAUUCUAGAAGCUCUUCAAAAAAUCCUUAUUCUUCAGAUGAUUCAAUAAGGGAUCCGGAUUACGAAAGUUCUUCAAGCAGUUCUAGCAGCGAUAGUGAAUCUGAAAAUAAUAAUGUAGGUCCUGGUAAUAUGCACAAUUUGGAAGAUACUGAAGCUGACCCUCAGAAGAAGGCUAAAAAAAGAAAAUCGUGUCCCGAAAAUUGGCGAACGAAUAUUUUAAAAUGGCUAAGGAAUUCAGGAAAGUCGUAUGUUUCUUGUGGCAAGAAACAUCAACAGGUCGCAGAACGAAAAAAAGGCCCACCUUGUAACGACACUAAGUGCAGAUUAAAAUGUAGCUUAAAGAUUCUGGGCGACAUACGAGAAGCUAUUUUCACAGAUUACUGGAAUCUAGGUGACUUAGAAAAACAGCGAUGCUUUUUGAUGGCAAAUAUGGAACAAAUAAAUCCCAAAUACCGAUACGUCAGGGAUGGAAGUUAUCGCAAACCUAACCAUGCUUUUUAUUUUACAGUUGGCGGCAAAAAACACCGCGUCUGCAAACUGUUUUUUAGGACAACGUUAGCGAUGAGGGGCAAGCAUGGAAAGCAUACACGAGUGGAUGAAGAAAUUAAAGAUGACGUUCGAAAUCAUAUUGAUUCAAUUCCCAGAAAAGAAAGUCACUAUUCGCGUGAAGGCACUUCCAGAGAAUUUAUAGACGGUGGAAAAUCAUUGGCAGACAUCCAUCGUGACUAUGUGGCUAUUUCUAAAGCUAAAGAGCGGCACUAUGCGAAUUAUCUUAUGUUUAGCAGAAUUUUCAACACUGAAUAUAAUAUUUCCUUUUUCAUACCCAAAAAAGAUCAGUGCGAGGAUUGUAUCGCAUAUUUUAAUGCAUCGGAGGAAGAUAAAGUGACUUUAAAAGAAAAAUACGAUACACAUCUUCGCGAGAAGGAGCUUUCUAGACAGGAAAAACAGAACGACAAAAAAAACAAUGACGACAAUACGAUUAUUGCUGUAUAUCUACAGGCAGUACUGCAGUGUCCCAGGGGAGAUGUGUCUAGUUUUUAUUAUACCUCAAAGCUGAACGUGUUUAAUUUUUCAAUAUACGAAAUGAAGACUAACACUGGGCGAUGCUUUGUUUGGGAUGAUUCCGAAGCAAACAGAGGAGUUUGCGAAAUAGGCACCUGUGUAUUCAAAUACCUUCAAAACCUGGAAACAUACGCAACUGAAGAUAAAAAAUUAGAUGUAAUAUUCUACUCGGACAAUUGUUGUGGGCAACAAAAAAAUCGAUUUAUGUUUGGAAUGUAUUCGUAUGCUGUUCAAAAUCUCUCAUUUAUUAAUUCUAUAACACACAAGUUUCUCAUCAAAGGUCACACUCAAAAUGGAGGGGGUAGCAUGCACUCUGUUAUCGAAAAACAAAUUAAAAAGGCUCUUAAAUCUGGGUCCAUAUACGUUCCUCAACAGUACAUUACUCUUAUGCGGACCGCAAAAAAAUCUGGGCAGCCUUACAUAGUAACAGAAACUCAAUCUUUCGUAAAAAAUCCAGGAGACACAGACAACGUAAUUGAUCGAUUUUCAAAUGACAUAGAUACUAAUUUUCCCGAUCAAAUUAAUAAUCCUGAAUCUAUCGAAUUAAUUAAUGAGCUUCAAAACAUACCAACUAAAAGUCCUGAAAAUGUACCAAUAAUUCCAAAUCCUGAAUUACCAUCAACUUCAAGAGUUAACAUUAUUGAAAACAUUCAAAUCAGACCCCCAAUCAAUAACAAAGAUUUAUCUAGUAUUGGUACUAGAUGA